AUGUAUUUAAAAACGGAUACAGUUGGCAUAGUUGAUUUAUUAAAUCGAUUAAUACAAAGUAAAAAUGGUUUCGAACUGGCAAUUGAAUGCCUUUUUUGCUGGCAGGAUCUAAUUGGUGCAAGUUAUUGUUUGGAACCAAUUUCAACUGAACUUCAACAAACUGAAAGAGCACAAAUCAUAUGCUUAUGCUUGAAAUUUCUCAAUCGUUUAUUGGAAUACUCACCAAAUGCUAUAGCUCGGAUACGUAUCGAUCACGAAUUGAAAGGUUAA